ACAUUCUUGCAAUAGACACGCAGUUUCUCAAAACCACUUCACUUUUAUACACAGCUUACACAGUGCAUCUGGCUCGCAUGCCAGUUGCCGUAUUUCGUUGAACUUUCUCCAGUUCUGACGACUGCCACCCUUGUCAUUAAACAUGAAGCUUGGCAUUGUUUUGCUGCCCGUGCUGGUUUUCUACACUGGAACUUUGGCACAGGGUCCUGAUGCUGAACGACAGAUCCCGUUUCAAACCAAAGACAGGCAAGCUUGUGUCAUGAGCACCAGUGGUCAACGGGAAAUCCGACUGAAGAUCGAGUGCAAAAGUCAAGGCAACACGUAUUCGUGUGAGUUUGCAGGAAAACCAUCUUACUGCAGAGCUUAUAACAGUAACCGUGAUAAGUACUGGAACCAACUGAGCCAAGAUCUGGAGAAGAUGAGCAAACCGUGUGAUGCCCAGGUGAUAAAGCACAGUUUGUGCCCAAGGGCACCGACACCAUCCCAAUUCAAGCCAGCAAACCCCAACCAACAAUCAGAUACAGCCAAGAACCAACCAACCAAGAAACCAUUUACCAAGAAAACCACAAAAAAAUCUGCACCUCCAAAGAGCAAAGGACCAGAAAAGGAGAAUCCCAAAGCUAUGAAGAUUGCAAAAGACCACUGUUCAUGGUUUUUCCAAAAAUUCUGCUCUUAUAUAAUAGAGAUAUUUAUAAACUAAAAGGAAGAUCUGCAGGAGGUGGAGUAACUUAAUGCGUCAGGAAAGUUAUUGUUCUUUGUACAGUGUGAUUGUCCUUGCCAAUACUACAGUUCCAAACAAUGUUUCCUGGUCUGCACAUCACAACCGCAAGAGUCAUCAUUGACCCAUGACUACAAAAAGUGGAAUGGAGCUAUCAAACAUCUCAAGCAUGGAAUUAAAGUAUAAAAAUGCUUCUGUAUAUAGCAAAUAUUAAAUAUUUUGUCAUAGCAAUGUAAUUGCUCCUAUUUUUUUUUUUUU